CCGCCGCUUUCCGAGGUAGACUCGUUUCGUUCCCCUACGCGGUUUCCCCCACCUUUCGACCAACACCGAUGCUAGCCAGCGAGCCAUACUACGCUCCCGCCACGGUGACGUCACUUCGAGUAGUGUAGUGCAGUGAGAAGGAGCGAAGGCAGCUCCAUCCGCGUUACAUGGCCCGAGUGAACGAAGCGAGUGCGUUUAAGACGUGCGUAUACAAGCGUGCAUCGUAGCGAUUGUAUCGCUGGUACACACGCGAAAACCGUUCGAUCAAUGCACGUUACGAGAAGUUUGAUUGUCCGAUCGGGAAAAAACGAAACCGCGCCUCGCUUUUAACCGAGAAAUGUAUUCGACGUAGAAUAUACCGUUUGGAGAGGCACGAGAGCGGUGCAAAAUCAGUGUAUGUACGUGAAAGAAGCAACUACGCAGAGUGAAAAGUAGUGUGUCGUGCGCGUCGAUUAUUUAAACGGGAAUAGAGGAAAUAAAGAGCGACGGUUCUAUCGUCCCGUAUGUAAGAUCGAUUGUUUUUUCUUCAGUGGGGUUUUCCGCGAGAGUUUGAAAGCCUCUCUCUGUCGGUGCGCGACGAAUCACGCGAGUGUGAUUAUGCUCGGCAGAUAUGCGUCGGGAUACGUGGUCCGCGCGUUGUGCCCGGUGUGCUUGGUGUGACGUGUGAUUAGCCGCCUUUCUUCAUAACGCGAUCCAGUGGUGUACGAUGUGGUGUUCGGCGACGGUCUUGAUUCUCGUAGCCGUUGCCAUCAGUGGUGUCCACUAUCGAGGCUCCUCCUCCUCCUCUUCUUCGUCGUCGACGGCGUCGUGCAUCGCGACGCAAAAAUUUUAUCGCGAGAGCUCCGUUGCUACCCUCUUCUUCUGUCGGCCGAUCGUUCUACGGCGCUGCCCUGACGACAGCACUCGUCGUGCCUGGGGUCACCACCUUCCGGCUAGUGACUAGUGAUAAUCUGUUUGUUGCCAGUGAUUAAAUUGGGAGUGUCGAAGUGGGAGGAAGCUCGUUUUGCUUCGUCGUGGAAUACACGUAACGGUUCUCCUUCGUCUUUGAUCGCGUGUGUGUCGCGAGCUCAACGAGUUAGUUUCUUCUUUUUUUUUGCAUCGUUUUCGUGAAACGAAUACGAGAUCGAUCGUGUUGUUGGUACACGGAUCAUUGAUUUGUCGCGAAACAAGCGAGGAGCGAUAUUCGAAGGAAACGAGAAAGAGGCUUCCUUGAGCCGACCCGCUGGCGGUAUUGAAUAUCGGUGGUGUGGUGAGAGUGCCGUGAUUAGCGUCGGGCGAAGUUGUGUGUCGUUGUACAGUGCCGCCAAACGAUACCACAACAUCCGAUCCCAAAUGAAGAGUUCGGAGCAAAAUGGUUAGAGAGACACGUCACCUGUGGGUUGGAAAUCUGCCGGAAAACAUCCGAGAGGAUCGCAUACGAGAGCAUUUCAAACGGUAUGGACGCGUGCAGAGCGUCAAGCUGCUGCCGCGGGGCGAAGAAUGCCCCGUGGACGGAGGUUCCGGUGGUGCCCUCGGAGAAGGGAACGAGGGUGGUUCCGGUUCGAGUUCUGGCAGCGGCGGCAGUGNCGGGGGCAGCGGUUCCUCAGGCAGCACCGGGGGUGCCUCCGCGACGGUGGCGUUCAUGGAUAUCAAGUCCGCAGCGAAGGCUCACGCGACUGAGCAUACCUUGGACGAACGAGCCCUUACCACACAAUACUACGAGCCACAGCAUCUUCAGCACAGGUUUCCCUCGCACGGAAGUUCGGAGGAUCACGGAUCGAGCGGGGGUAGCGGGGGAGGCGGAGUCGUCGGAGUGGUCGGUGGCGUCAGUGGCGGCGGUUCCGGCAUCGUCAGCGGAAGCGUCGUCAGCGGAGUCAGCGGCGGCAUCGUCGAGUAUGGAAGUAUUAGAGAUUACAUUCGUCGUGUUGUUCCACUAGGCGGCGGUGGAGGUGGCGGGAGCGGUAGCAGCGGUGCGUUACGACAGCACAAAAAACAGCGCAGAAAAUCGCGAAGCGGAAGCAGCUCGCCGAGUGGCAGUAGCCGUUCGGGCAGCAGCAGCAGCAGCCGCAGCGGUAGUUCCGCCGGCAGUACUUCCGGGGGCAGCACGUCGCCCGGCAGUUCGCCGCACCGCACCGGAAAUGCCGCCGUCACCGAGGACCGCAGGCCGCUCGCAAUCUGCGUGCGUAAUUUACCGGCACGCAGCAGCGACACCUCCCUCAAGGACGGUCUGUUCCACGAGUACAAGAAGCACGGGAAAAUAACGUGGGUGAAGGUGGUCGGGGCGGCCGGCGACCGGUACGCCCUGGUCUGCUUCAAGAAACCCGAGGACGUGGAGAAGGCGCUCGAGGUGUCGCACGACAAGCUGUUUUUCGGCUGCAAGAUCGAGGUGGCACCGUAUCAGGGCUACGAUGUCGAGGACAACGAGUUCAGGCCGUACGAGGCGGAGCUCGACGAGUACCAUCCGAAGGCGACGCGUACGCUCUUCAUCGGCAACCUCGAGAAGGACGUCACCGCGUCCGAGCUUAGGAAGCAUUUCGAGCCCUUCGGCGAGAUAAUAGAAAUAGAUAUUAAAAAACAAGGCGCUGUGUCGAGCUAUGCCUUCUGCCAAUACUCCGACAUCGGUAGCGUCGUCAAAGCUAUGCGAUCGAUGGAUGGCGAACACCUGGGCGCGAAUCGAAUAAAACUUGGAUUUGGAAAAUCGAUGCCCACGUCCUGUGUAUGGGUUGACGGCAUUGGAGGUAAUUAUCGUAAAGAACAGUAUUGA